AUGGCACAGACUUACCUCUCGAACCUUCAUAUGGAGAAGUUCAUCUCGGAGUUCGAGCAGAAUCCCACCCACGAAACCAUGGAGGUCAUGGUGUCUGCCUUGCUGGUUUACGCUUUUGACUCGGAAGCCAAGUGGGCGAUGAAUUACAAGCCUGACCCUACCGGUGACGGCUCCUACUACUUUGCCAUGCAGCUGGAUGGUCGCAAGAAGAUUCUCCACGCCAUCAUCAAGGUCAUCUCUACCGCUGAGAACGUCUCUGAGGACUGGGAUUUGCCCAUCACUCCUCUCGCGGUAGCUCCUCUUCCCAAUGAGCGUUGCUGGGCCGUCCUCUUCCAGGGGAUGACCAUGAGGCUCUAUGAAUACCACCGUGACCAGCCUGCUGGUGCUCGACUCCUCGUUUGUGAUUUCAAGGUUGACGGAAAGAAGACUGAUACCCUGCACAUCCGCGACAACUGCCGCCAGGUGAACAGUGUUCUCUUCCAGAUUCCCGAGCAGCACCCCAAGCCUCUCAGUGAUGCUUUCUUGCAGCUUCAGGCUAAGGCUUUGGAGAUUAAUACCGCUGAGGGCAAGCAUGUUGAUGGCAAGACUCCUGGGGUCGAGCCUGAGGGUGAGAAGGCCGCGGUUGAGGUCCAGCCUAUGGACGGUGCUUCUGCUGAUGUCAAGCCCACCGCCCUGUCCACCGUCUAUCCCGCCUUCAUGCCUUCUAUUAUUCCCGCUCCGGCUGUGAAUACCAACACCCAGCCAAAGGUCUUGCCCAAUGUCCAGCACACUCUUCAGCCUACCGUCCAGCGCGUUGUCAAGCGUGCUGCUACCGCGUUUAAGCCCGGUGCUCCCGCUUUUAAUCUUGCUGCGUAUGCCACUGCUAAGAUUGGCACACUCAGGCCGAUGCCUAGUCUCGCCGAAAAGACCAGCACCCAGCCCAAGGUCCAGCCCACUUCCAAGCCCGCUGUCAAGCCUGCCGUUAGUCCCGCUAUCAAGACCAACACCAAGCCCAAGGUUCAGGCUGCUGCGACUCUAGCCCCUUCCGUUGAUCUCAUGACCUUUGCGGACUUGAACGUUGGUGCCGAAAACAAGGCCAAUGGUCGUGCCGCUCCAGCUCCCAGUUUGAUCUAA